AUGUCUGCUGUUCCGUUAAUUUUCUUCAAGAUUGCAAACUUAACAUUUGGUACCCUUGCUUUGGGGGCGGCCAUUUCACAGUUUACUUAUAUCACCAGCAAUUUUAAUGCAUUCCUAUUAGCGAUUUAUGGUGUUGUGUUCUGCAUUCCAAUUAUAUAUCUGGAAUUUAAAGUCCCACCAAAUCUCUACAGAUUUGCUUCAAACUACUUUAGUUUUCUGGGAAGGGGUUUAACUUAUAUUUUAAUUGGUUUUCUGAUCAAUUUCGGCGGUAUUUUCAAGAUAUUGAUUACGUUGACCGCUGUAAUGCUGGGUUUGGUUUACAUUCUAUUUCAAUUCUUACCACAAGUGGAAGAACCACAAAAUUUUAGGGGCGAAGGUUCACCAAUCGCUGUUGAUGGAGAUUACGACGACGUUAUCUAA